UUCGAUCGCGGAUUCUGCCUCUCCCCUCCGCGCGCGCUUUUUUCCGCUCCAAUGUGAAUUCCUCCUGACGCGGUUUGUGUUUCUAUAUGUUUCUAGUGCUCCCGGUCUAACCUGGCUGCGUCCGUGUUUAGGUUAAACGUACGCGUUAAUGCAGUUCAUCUUUAACGACACGAUAAUGCUGUGACCGUAAUUGGAAAUUUCCCAAUACUGUUCAUCGUCAAGCGAAUUCCGCACGAAAGAUGGGUGUACCAGCAUUUUUCCGUUGGCUGAGCCGCAAGUAUCCCUCCGUAAUCGUCGAGUGCAUCGAGCAGAAGUCGAUAUCUUCAGACGGAGUAUGCAUUCCUGUGAAUUCAGCAGAUCCAAAUCCAAAUGGGAUAGAAUUUGAUAAUUUGUAUCUUGAUAUGAAUGGUAUAAUUCACCCCUGUACGCAUCCUGAGGACAAACCAGCUCCCAAGGAUGAAGACGAGAUGAUGGAGGCUAUUUUCGAGUGUAUCGACAGAUUAUUUCGCAUCGUCAGACCAAGGAAGUUGCUUUACAUGGCGAUUGACGGAGUCGCGCCCAGAGCUAAAAUGAAUCAACAAAGAUCUCGUCGAUUCCGUGCAUCAAAGGAAACGACAGAAAAGAUUAAUGAAAUUGAGAGGAUACGUUCCGAAUUGAGCCAGAAAGGGGCAUCCUUGCCUCCCGAAAAACCGAAGGAGGCGCAUUUCGACAGCAAUUGUAUUACACCGGGCACUCCGUUUAUGUCAAGAUUAUCGGCGUGCUUGCAUUACUACAUCCAUGAUCGUUUGAAUACUGACCCAGGUUGGAGGAAUAUUAAAGUGAUUUUAAGCGAUGCUAAUGUACCCGGUGAAGGGGAGCACAAAAUAAUGGAUUUUAUACGACGACAAAGAGCGCAACCUGAUCACGAUCCUAACACGCAACACGUUUUAUGCGGAGCGGAUGCCGAUUUGAUUAUGUUAGGUCUCGCUACGCAUGAGCCUAAUUUUACUAUUAUUCGCGAAGAAUUUAAACCGAAUAAGCCAAAACCGUGCGAUAUAUGUGGCCAGUUAGGACAUGAAAUGCGUGAGUGCACGGGCGCGGAACCGAACCAGGUGCCAGAGGAGAAUACAUUCGGAUCCGAAUGCCAGUUCAUAUUCGUGCGAUUAAAUGUUCUCAGAGAAUAUUUAGAAAGAGAAUUGUCUAUGCCGAAUCUACCAUUCAAAUACGAUUUUGAGCGAGCUGUCGAUGAUUGGGUGUUUAUGUGUUUCUUCGUAGGAAACGACUUUUUACCUCAUCUACCUUCUCUGGAGAUUAGAGAAGGCGCAAUUGACAGACUUGUUGCUUUGUACAAGAAAGCAGUAUAUAAAACAGGAGGUUUCUUGACAGAUAGCGGCGACGUCAAUUUAGAUCGCGUACAAUUGAUAAUGUCAGAUCUUGGUGAUGUAGAAGAUGAGAUCUUUAAGAAGAGGCAACAAAAUGAAUUGGCUUUUAAACAACGUGAGAAAGACAAAAAGAAAAGGAACGAGAUUAUCAGCAGUUUUAAGCCAACGUGGAUUCCUGCGGGUCAAUUUGCACCAACUGCUCCUGGACAACCUGUAAAACCUAUUGAGAAUGCACGUUAUGAAGCUUAUAAAAUGCGUGUACAGGGUAGGAAUUAUAAUACGAAUGCUGCUGAAAAUUCCAACGCUAAUCACGCUUUAGAAAGCAUGAUGAGACCUGAGAAUACGGGCAAUAAAGGACAGAAACGUAAAAUUGAUGAAGUUACUGACACGGAGGAUGAUGAUCAGGCGCACGACGAGGUGCGACUUUGGGAGGACGGUUUUAAAGAUCGAUACUACGAAUCUAAAUUCGACGUGUCUCCCGAUAAUCUCGCAUUUAGAAAUAACGUUGCUCUACAAUACGUACGUGGUUUAUGUUGGGUCUUGCGAUAUUAUUAUCAAGGCUGCGCGUCGUGGCGAUGGUAUUUUCCGUAUCACUACGCGCCAUUUGCAAGCGACUUUAUUAACAUCGGCGGUCUUUCGACAGAAUUUGAGAAGGACACUGUACCAUUUCGUCCGUUGGAACAAUUGAUGGGUGUAUUUCCUGCUGCUAGCAGAAAACAUGUACCUGAGCCGUGGGCGAAGUUAAUGAUGGAUCCAAAUUCUCAGAUUAUUGACUUUUAUCCAGAAGAUUUUAAAAUCGACUUGAACGGGAAGAAGUUUGCUUGGCAAGGCGUAGCUUUGCUUCCGUUUGUAGAUGAGAAGAGAUUAUUCAAGGCUUUGGCGCCGUACUACGAGUGUUUGACGGAAGCGGAAAAAAAGAGAAACGUUCGCGGUGACGACAGGCUGUACGUCGGAAUAGAGAAUAAAGGUUACGACUUUGUAAAAGGCUUAUACACGAAUCGCAUAGGGUUCGAUAAGGAGGUCGAGAUAAGUGUAGACGGCAUGCGAGGUACUGUGUGCCUAUCGGAAGACUGUGUGAGUGACGGAGGCACAUUACCUUCACCCGUGAGAGGUUUACCGGUUAGGAACAACAAAGUGUACUGUAUCAAGUACAAGGAUCCCAAGUACGGUAGCAACUACGUGUUCCUAGCUCGCAAGCUGAAGGGGGCCAACGAACCGCCGCGCGUCCUGAAGCCGCAAGACUUCGAAGCUAUGAAUCGCAAGAACGGGAGCCAAUGGGUUCCGCAAAUCGGUUUCACAAGCCGGACUUCGCGGUCAGCUUCGCUGGGACAAGCAGGCCAUAGAAUGCUCGACCAUCAUGUGAACCAUAACAGACCUGCGUAUGCGAAUAUUCCCCCGCCGAUGGAUUUAUACGCGCCUCCAUACUCUCAUGGAGGUUAUCGGCGCCACCAAUCGGGAUACGGUUACAACAGCGCCGGCUCGAGUCACAUGCGUGGACCGUCCGGUUAUGGUAUGCGCCAGAAUUAUUCUUCUUCGGAGUAUCAGCACCAUCGUAAUUAUUACGAUAAUUAUAAUCAGCAGUCCUCACGGAACAAUUACCAGAAUGCACCACAGCACGGUUAUCACAGUCAACGUGGGAAUUACUCAUCGACUCGGGGAGGGGGUGGAGGAGGCCACCGAGACGCAUGGCGACGAACGAUGUAGAUGCAGGUAUAAGUAAGAAGACGACUAAUUGUCGCACAUCAUGUAAUAGGUUUAAGAACGGUUUCUACAAGAAAUCACACCGAGCAUAAUAAUUGUGUAGUUAAGAUUUAAGGAUCAUUGUCAAAGUACGCGUUCUAAGAGAGUGCGUUAAUUCGGAAGCGAGGCAGAAGUACUGGAUGAAUUUUCGGUGCAAUAAAUGCAUGAUUAUUGGCGUCAACGCUCGAGGACUGCGUUUUCUUUUUUUUUUUUUUUUUUUUUUUUUUCCAGUAUUGCAUUCCCCGAAUACUGCAACCGAUUUCUAACGCGAUGUUGUCUCGGGGGAAGAGAUAACAUUACGUAUCUAUAUUUCUAAUUUUUUUGGAGGACAAAAAAAUAUCAGUGUUUAUAAAUGUACGCGCAGAACGUUUUAAAAAAACCACGGAUUUUUUUGUAUUAUAAAUCUCCAUUAUAUAUCCAUAAAUCUUUCAUUAUAAAUUCGUUGACGAAAUUCGAAUGAACAUAUAUUAGCGUUUCUGUGUACAUAUAUUAGAUCAUCAUCUUUUGAAGAUCAUUAUGGCAACGGAAUGAUCUAGUUAAAAUAUGACUUAAACUGGAACUCGAUAGACGAGGAAAUCAAUUUUGAUAUCCGUUUUAUUCUUUUCUUGUCAAAUUCUCACUCUGAAACAUUCCAAUUUAUCAGAAAAUUCGUAACUCGAGGGGAAACGCGCGGAAAAAAAGCUAGUAUAGCGUAUGUAUUUGCUACACUCGGAAACAAUUCAUGAUGUGAAAGAAAAUUCACAUCACGUAUUAAAGCCACGUCACAUAAGAAAAACGUAAGCAAAAUUUACAUGACAAACGAGUCAGUCUGGUACUUUCAAGAACCAUAGAAUUAAAUUAUGCAAAAAUAUAUUCUCGAUCGUAAUUAUUUUAUUACUUAAGCGACACACAUUGUAGAAUAGAAUUUGUUUCUCUUCAGCUUUGACAGAAAUUGCCAAGAAGGGGAAACUUAAGCCACAUUGUUUCUUUAUUUGCUAUGAUCUUUUCAGUAAAUUAAAUAGUACAUUACAUGAUGUAAUGAUAUUGUAUCCCUUCGAUACUCUCGUUCAUCUGAUCACUGAUUUCGUUUGACGUUAUAUAGAUGUGUCGAAAGUGUUUGAGGCUGUUUUAAAAGAACGUUUUUUCGUCGAUUUGUUCAAUCAGAUUGCAUUAUUUAUAAUCGAUUGUACGCGGAAAAAACGGUUUUGCUGAAGUGGGCGCAAUAUACAAAAAUUAGGAUCUAAAAACAAUUACGUUGGAUGCGUCAUUAAAACAAUUAUCUAGGAUCUGUUGACAUUUCGAUUUUAUUUAACUCGGUUAUCAUUUCAAUUUAAAGCGACUUCAAUUUUCACGAAGCACGUGCAUGUGUUUUUAAGGCGCAGGUUUGAACGUUCAGGCUGGUUGCUGGCAUGUCAAAACUUUUUGCGGUAUUAUCAUCACUCUUGAGCAUUCUACAUAAUUAUUUCAACGGUCCAUCGUAAUUUUCAGAUCUGUGUGUCUGGCCUGAUUUUUGUACGCCUAAAAAAACCGUUCUUUUCGCGUAGUCAUAAUCGAAUAUAGGAUUCUCGUGUCGUUGCGUUUAAUUUCCGAUUAGAACGGGUACGUUGACGAAUAUAUUGUAAUUUGUGGAAUGUAUGUUAAUGGCUAACGCAGUGAAAUAUUAGGGCUGAAUUAGGGAAACAGACGCGUCGCGUCGGAUUUCGCAUGCGAGACUGUGCUGCGUGCGGUGACGCGUGCUAAAUCCAGUGCGACGCCCCGAGGGGGGCACAGCGGUAGAUCGAUGUGACACCGAAUGACCCGUACAGGCAUUUCGGAAUUUCUCACUCUGUAUUGAAAUACACGAUAUUUCCUUAAGUGAA